AUGAAUCGACGAGUCGUACGAUGGUCUCGUCGUAGUGGUACAACUCAAGGAGAAAUCCUCAUGGACAACAUCGGUUGUUGGGGAUUGGCCAUGGAUGAUCAGAGAUAUCUCUACAUCUCUGACGGCGGAAAAGAUGAAGUAAGACGAUAUCAAAUAGAAGACAACAAUGGAACUAUUGUGGCUGGUGGCAAUGGUAAAGGUGCUGGUCUCAAUCAACUCAACUGGCCGACACACAUCUUUGUCGGUCAACAACAGACGGUCUAUGUGUCAGACAACUGGAAUCAUCGUGUAAUGAAAUGGAAAAAAGGUGCAAAAGAAGGAAUUGUCGUCGCUGGAGGUCAAGGCAAAGGGAAUGCUCUGACACAAUUGUCAGAUCCUAGAGUACUGUUCGUCGAUACGUUGGGUACCCUCUAUGUGGCAGACUCGUGGAAUCAUCGAGUGAUGCGUUGGCUUAAAGGAGCGAAACAAGGCACUGUCAUUGUGGGUGGAAAUGGUAGGGGAGAAGGAGCAAAUCAGUUCAACUUCCCCCUUGGUCUGUCCUUCGAUCGUGAUGGCAAUCUCUAUGUCGUCGAUCAUGACAAUCAUCGUGUUCAACGAUUUUCAAUCGAAUAA